AGAGCGCCAAAGGCUCCUCCCAUUCCCGGUGUCCUCUGAAUGCUGCCUGUUCGGGAUAUUUGCAGAAGGGGCUGAGAUCCACCCUGCUCUCCCUCCCUCCCUCCGGGGCUUUCUGGGUAAAAGAUUUUGACCAAAGAUUUACCUGCAAGACAACUCUCAACAGAAAAUAGAAAUUCAGCCCAAGGCAGCAGCCGCCACAAAACAUGGAGCCUGGGAAACUCUUGGAUGCCUCAUCAGACACAAGCAGCACUUCAAAAAAUUACAAAAAACCACAUGAAUGCUCAGAGUGUGGGAAAUCCUUUGCUGGCCGGUCCCUCCUUUUGACCCACAGGAAGAUCCAUGUGGGAUGUGGAUCCAGUCAAGGUUUGGAGGGUCAGAAAUCCUCCCCUGGAGAAAACUCCAAAGAUCUCAGGAGCCCCCCCAGACUAAAACCUUAUAAAUGUGAUGAAUGCGACUUAUGCUUUGGUCGAUCGUCAUACCUUCUUACCCAUCAGAAAAUCCACACUGGAGAGAAACCUUAUCAGUGUCUGGAAUGUGGGACGUUUUUCCGUGAAAAAGCCACUCUCAUAAAGCACGAGAGGACUCACACAGGGGAAAAACCUUACAGCUGUGGACACUGUGGAAAGAGCUUUUCCCAGAAGAUAAAUCUUUGUGUCCAUGAGCAGAUUCAUGCAGGAAUCAAACCUCACAAAUGCUUGGAGUGCGGAAAAUGUUUCACACAGAUUUCAUCUCUUCGGAGUCAUGAGAAAACACACAGAGGGGAGAAAAACGAAAAGUGCCUCGAAUGUGGGAAAUGUUUUAUCUUGAAAUCAAACCUGCUGCAACAUCAGAGACUCCACACCGGAAUGAGACCCUAUGAAUGCUCAGAAUGUGAGAAACGAUUUCUAACUUCUUCUGAUCUUCGGAAACACCAAAUAGGGCACAAAGACGAGAAACCGUUUAAAUGUGGGGAGUGUGGGAAAGGUUUCCUUGAACGAAGGAAGCUUGAGAGUCAUGAGAGAAUCCAUACAGGGGAGAAGCCUUUCAAAUGUGUGGAGUGUGGGAUGUGCUUUUCUGAUAAAUACAACCUUGCAAGGCAUCAGAGGGUCCACACAGGAGAGAAGCCAUACAGAUGCGGAGAAUGUGGAAAAUGUUUUGCUCAAAAGGGAUACCUUUCAGUACAUUAUAAAACCCACACAGGGGAGAAGCCCUUUCAGUGCAAUGAGUGUGGACAAUUUUAUCGUACCCUAACAACCCUUAAAAAACAUGCAAAACUGCACACGGGGAACAAAAUUACAAAUGUUUAAGAGUGUGGGAGAACAUUUGCUCAUUCAUGUUCCCUUAGAAGUGACAGCCAAAUCCAUACAGGAGAGAAGCCCUAGUCCUAUAACCUUAAACUUAAGCAUAAUUUUCAAGAACCCCCCCUCCCCCAGUAUGACUGAAGAUAAAAGUUUUCGAUCAGUAUGUUCUAUCUAGUCAAAUCAAAUCUUUCUCGUUAACCUUUUAUUUUUGUUUUCAAGUUAUUGAAGAUAACUUUAUGUUCAAUAUAACAAGAAUAACUUGUUUUCAAGAUAUAAAGUUAUUUCAGGAAUUGUAUAAUGGCUUCCAAUUUUAUUACUAUUGUUUUGUAAUUAUUUUGUUUAGUUAGGGGGAUUUAAGAUAAAUGGAAAGGGGGAUUAUAUACUUAUGUCGUUAGCUAUUUUUGUCCAUUGGAUCUGGAUCUUUGUUGAUCAAUAGGACAGCUGAAGAUUUUAAAAUAAGUUUGUAAAAAAUAGGAUCAGAUAUACAAUGAAUAUGCCCCUGUUUCCAAUUGGAGAGACAGUGAUAAAUCACUCAGGAUUAAUUGGAGCGCAGGUAACUUAACACAUACAUCGCAGGUUGUAAGAAUAUGUUAACUUUGAAUUACGUAAUUAGAUUAGUGUGAAUUGUAAAUGGAUACCAGGUUCCUUAUUAUGUGAUCCAAAAUUCACUUAAUGUCAGGUUACAAUAUGUGCAAUUAAGGUUACCAUAUGUGCAGUUUUUUUAUCUAUAAAUUUAAAUUUUUAAAGCA